AUGGAGCUGCCCCCAGGGCCGCGCGACGAUCCCCGCGCCUGGGAAGAUGACUCGGACCCGGAGUCGGAGCCCGACCCGGACGCGCAGGCCGAGGCUUACGUGGCCCGCGUACUCAGUCCGCCGAAAGUCGGGCAGCCGCCCCCACGCGCCCCUUUGCUGUCCGCGCCCAUCGCAUCCCCUGGCGCCUUGGAGCCGCGGGCGGCGUCCAAGGGUGCGCCCGUGGGGGUCCCGGGACUGCUGAGCCUUCCUCCGGAGCUGCUGCUCGAGAUCUGCGCCUACCUAGACGCGCGCCUGGUGCUCCACGUCCUGCCGCGCGUGUGCCACACGCUGCGGGACCUCGUGCGUGACCAUGUCACCUGGAGGCUACGCGCGCAGCGCCGCGUACGCGCGCCCUACCCAGUGGUGGAAGAGGAGGACUUUGACUGGCCGACAGCCUGCAUUGAGCUGGAGCAACACCUGUCGCGCUGGGCGGAGGAUGGGCGCUGGGCUGAGUACUUCUGCUUGGCUGAUGGGCACUUCGCUUCCAUUGACUCGGUGCUGCUGCUCCAGGGUGGAGCGCUUUGUCUGUCAGGCUCCCGAGAUCGCAACGUCAACCUGUGGGAUCUGCGGCAGCUGGGGGUGGAGUCCAGCCAGGUUCUAGUCAAGGCCCUGGGCACCGAGAAGAACAGCACCCACAAGGGCUGGGUGUGGUCGCUGGCAGCGCUGGACCACCGCGUGUGCUCUGGUUCCUGGGACAGCACGGUGAAGCUCUGGGACAUGGCGGCCGAUGGACAGCAGUUCGGCGAGAUAAAGGGCAAGGCAGCUGUGCUGUGCUUGUCCUACCGGCCUGACAUCCUGGUGACUGGCACCUAUGACAAGAAGGUGACCGUCUACGACCCCAGAGUCGGCCCGGCUCUGCUGAAGAGCCGGCGGCUGCACUCCAGUGCGGUGCUGGCGCUGCUGGCGGACGACCGGCACAUCAUCUCGGGCAGCGAGGACCACACGCUCGUGGUGUUCGACCGCCGGGCCAACAGCGUCCUGCAGCGGCUGCAGCUGGACUCCUACCUGCUCUGCAUGUCCUACCAGGAGCCCCAGCUCUGGGCUGGUGACAACCAGGGCCUGCUGCAUGUCUUCGCCAACCACAACGGCCGCUUCCAGCUUGUCCGGGUCCGCCAGGGAGCUUGCCCCUGCCCCACCGUCCCUGGGCCUCCUCCCUACCUCCUGACGCCCUGGGUGGCUGGCGGGUGGACCCUGGGCGAGCCCUUACCUGAGUGUCCCGUCCUUCCUUUCUGCAGUCUUUUGACGUGGGCCACAGGUCUCAGAUUACAGGGAUCAAACACUCGCUGGGGGCCUUGUACACCACGUCCACCGACAAGACCAUCCGGGUGCAUGUGCCCACGGAUCCGCCGAGGACCAUCUGCACCCGAAGCCACAACAAUGUGCUGAAUGGGAUCUGCGCGGAGGGCAACCUGGUGGUCGCCGCCUCCGGGGGCCUAUCGCUGGAGGUCUGGAGGCUGCAGGCCUGAGCGGACAGACGCCGACAUGGAGGGGGAUCUGCCGGCCCACAGGCUGGGCCGUGGCCUCUGUUCUCGGGGGACCUUCCCCGCAUGCUGGUGCUGCCUCUGCCCUGUCCUGAAGCCCUGAGGCACAAGGAGUCUGGGCCAUGGUGAGCUGUGCCCCGUGGGCUGUGCCCCGCGCCAGGGAAGUGGUGGUGUUCAGGCCCACCCAGGGGACUGCUCCCCUCCCUGGGGCCCCGUUUUUGCUAGGAUUUGGAUACCCGCUUUCCCUUGAGAGCAAAGGAGAAAUAAACCUGAUGUACUGGUGUC